CAUGCACAUCUAGAUAAGGGUAUAAUUACAGUAACAUUUGAAGUUCCAGGAAAUAUAAAAGAAGAAAACUUAAAUCUCUUUAUUCAGAACGUUCUGUGGGAGAAGAAUGUGAAAGAUAAGACCGGACGCACCAUGGACAUCAUAAGACUGAAGGGACUGGUAUCUAUUCAAGGCAAAUCUCAUCAGGUGAUAGUCCAAGGUGUCCAUGAGCUCUAUGAUCUGGAAGAGACUGCAGUAGCCUGGAAGGAAAACGAAAAGAGAACAAAUAGGUUGGUCCUAAUAGGCAGGAACUUGGAUAAGGAUACCAUCAAAGAAGUAUUCAUAGCCACUGUGGAAGAGAAACAAGGAAACAGUUGACAUCAAACUACAAAAAACAUGAAACGUCUGCUUAAUCCCGCAAGCUUUUUAUGACAGAAAAGACUGAAUGACAUGCAGUAUAGUAGUUUCUUUUUCCUCUUGCAGUUUACACAACAAUUAAGCCCUGAAGUCCUCCUAAGAAUCCCAGCUGACCUACUGUUUAAAGAUUAGCUCUACGGUCUAGAAUCAAACACAAAGAAUUCUACCAUUUUGGAUUUGGCUUAAGUUAUGUCAGUAACAUCAUUUCCUGUGCAGAAAUGCAGAUAGGCAAAAG